UUGGGUGCGGCUCGUCCGACCCGCGUUCUGCAGGACCGUCGCGCCCGCCGCCGCGCCGCCAGCCUCCCGAGUUCCUGCGACCUGCCUGUGCCUUCCGAUUGCUAAAGCUUGUUGGACCAUUUUCUAAUGGCUGGACCCAGGAGGGUGAAAUGAUUCUCAGGACUGUGAAGCCAGCGGCCAGAGUCAGUGAAGCCGAGAACCUGGGUGACCCAGUGGUUCCUGAAGGACCUAUGGAUUAUGGCAGGAAAAGUGAAAUGGGUCACUGAUAUUGAGAAGUCGGUGCUGAUCAACAACUUCGAGAAGAGAGGAUGGGUCCAGGUGACCGAGAAUGAGGACUGGAACUUUUACUGGAUGAGCGUGCAGACCAUCCGGAACGUGUUCAGCGUGGAGACUGGGUACCGGCUCUCGGACGACCAGAUCGUCAACCACUUCCCCAACCACUACGAGCUCACCCGCAAGGAUCUGAUGGUGAAGAACAUCAAGAGAUACCGGAAGGAGCUGGAGAAGGACGGGAGCCCGCUGGCCGAGAAGGACGAGAACGGGAAAUACCUCUACCUGGACUUCGUGCCAGUCACCUACAUGCUGCCUGCAGACUACAACCUGUUCGUGGAGGAGUUCCGGAAGAGCCCGUCCAGCACCUGGAUCAUGAAGCCUUGCGGCAAAGCCCAGGGCAAGGGCAUCUUCCUCAUCAACAAGCUCUCGCAGAUCAAGAAGUGGUCCCGGGACAGCAAGACGUCCACGUUCGUGUCUCAGUCCACCAAGGAGGCCUACGUGAUCUCGCUGUACAUCAGCAACCCCUUGCUCAUCGGCGGGAGGAAGUUUGACCUGCGCCUCUAUGUUCUGGUGUCCACCUACCGCCCGCUGCGCUGUUACAUGUAUAAGCUGGGGUUCUGCCGGUUUUGUACCGUGAAGUACACCCCGAGCACCAGCGAGCUGGACAACAUGUUCGUCCACCUCACCAACGUGGCCAUCCAGAAGCACGGGGAGGACUACAACCACAUCCACGGGGGCAAGUGGACCGUGAGCAACCUGAGGCUGUACCUGGAGAGCACCCGCGGCAAGGAGGUGACCAGCAAGCUGUUUGACGAGAUCCACUGGAUCAUCGUGCAGUCCCUGAAGGCUGUGGCGCCGGUGAUGAACAAUGACAAGCACUGCUUCGAGUGCUACGGCUACGACAUCAUCAUCGACGACAAGCUGAAGCCCUGGCUGAUCGAGGUAAACGCGUCCCCAUCCCUCACCUCCAGCACUGCCAACGAUCGAAUCCUCAAGUACAACCUCAUUAACGACACCCUCAACAUCGCCGUCCCCAACGGCGAAAUCCCAGACUGCAAAUGGAACAAGUCCCCUCCAAAGGAAGUUCUUGGGAAUUAUGAAAUUCUGAGCACAGCGCAGGCGUCCUUCCACCCAAGCGUUUCUGAGACAGACCCCCUGCACCCGCGGAUUCUGGUUCUGGGAAUGACCCUGAGGCAGAAGCACGCCCUUGGCCAGGAGCCCGCAGAAUGCAGCCUGCAGCAGACCGGCCCCCUUGGCCCUUUUUGGGGUGGUGCAGAGUCCACAGAUGACCGAGGGUCCGCGGGCAGGACGCACUUAACCACGAGCGGCGGCAGGAGGAAGCUCUGCGUUAGGGAUACGGAGUCCUGGGUGACACCCCAGCUCUGCCACGGCCUGGGUCUGAGCUAGAGAGUAGUGGGCAGUCAUGGGAGGGGUGGGCAGCAUCUCUCCACCUGAGGGACCUUGGAGGGGCCCCACUGCGGCAGAAGGGCAGGGACUUGCUCUGAUGCCGUUUGGCACAGGGCACCCAGGCUCCGUCCAGCUCCUACAGACGCCAGGCGCUUUCCCGCCCCACUCACGCCGCUCGCCCUGGCACUGCCCGUGCUGGUGAGCGUUGGAAACCAGGCGGCGAGGACCUGGAGGGGCAUAAGAGGUCCUGCUGGAGGUGUGCGCCUGAGCUGGUCCCCUCCUGUCAGCCUCUGGCCCCUACCAGGGGUGCUGGACAGAGGGUUUGGAGACGCGGGGCCUCCCGUCACUGCACGGGGCUAACCUGUGGUGUCUCAUUUGUGUUCAUUGCCAGCAUCUGUCUGGGGACCUGUUAAAAUGUCCACUGCAGGGUGGGACAGGGCCCUGUCCUCAGUAGCAGUUGAACCGCGUGGUCCUCGAGGCUGUGGCCUGUGGGCAGCGGGGCUGGAGCUGGGCGAGGUGGGACUGGGGUCAGGGGUCAGGCCUGCUGCUUCCCGGUGACAUGUGUGCAGAGCCCGCUGUGAUCCUGGAGAUGG